CGAAGCGCAUCAGUGACGUCACACACUGUCAAAAGUGCUGAAUCGCGUUCGGUUUGCUCGCAAUUGCGGAAGCAUUUUAGGGCGAAAAGUCGAGGAAAAUACAAGUCGCGCAGCAAUGAGUGAAGUCAAACUGUACACCCUGGCCGAGGUGGCGAAGCACAACUCAAACAAGACCACCUGGAUUGUCAUUCACAAUAGUAUUUACGAUGUGACGGAGUUCCUCAAUGAGCAUCCCGGUGGCGAGGAGGUGCUCCUGGAGCAGGCGGGACGCGAAGCCACAGAAGCCUUCGAGGAUGUCGGCCACAGUUCGGACGCCAGGGAAAUGAUGAAGAAGUUCAAGAUUGGCGAACUUGUCGAGGCCGAGAGGAAGAAGGUUCCCGAGAAGAGCACUCAGAGUUGGAAUACUGAACCAAAAGCCGAGGAGAACUCGAUGAAGUCGUGGGUUUUGCCGCUCCUGAUUGGCGUGGUGGCGACAAUCAUCUACAGAUACUAUUUCCGCAAUUGAAAUCGAUGCGAUGCUUAUGUGAAAUUUGUUGCGCAGGGAUCAGCGUUUUUUUCCUUCUAAAUUCUAUCGUAUAAUCUUUCCUUUUUUACACUCUCUUUAGCUGAUAUAAUGAGAAGCAUGUGAACAAGUUAAUUCCGGGACUUUUUUGUAUUAAAAAGCUGUGUGUAAAACGUUAAUCAACAACUUCAGGAGAAAUGAGCAUUUUUUUAUUACAUUAAAAUGAAUUACAUUUAGUUUCAUUGAAUUUCUGUUGAGACAAUUUGAGGCAUUUUUUCUUUUGUGCAGAAAGAAAAAAGCAAAAUUUGUGGAGAAAGAGAAGAAUAUUGAUGGGAAUAAUUUGUAAGAAGGGAAGAGAAGUUUUUGUCUCACAAGUGGAUUGUAAAAUUUUAUUGAGAAAAAAAAUAAAAUAAAAAAAUGGGGAAAUAAAGAAUAUUGUUAUUAAAGACCAA